AUGAAAAUUGAGGUUACUUUUCACGACUUAUGUUUUUUUUUUUUAAAUAUUUCCAGGUCUCGGGAGAAGUUGAGGAAAAUUUGAACGCGCUUAACAUUUCUCACAGUGCGCGGAAUGUGGAUGAAGCUUUGCAAAUAUUGGACGCCGGUGAUUCGGAAGACUUGGACCGGCAUCCAGAAAAACGAAUGCGAGCCGCUUAUCUGGUUCGUAUUGAUUUUUCAAACUGAAUGUGAAAGAAGGCUUUUCCUAUGUACUCAGAUGCGUUAAACGUUUAUUUUUUCGAAUAGAAUGGUCCAGAAUAUCUUAUAACAAAUAUUUCAAGCUGACUCGAAUUUUAUACUUUCAGCGUUUUUUUUUUAGAAAAAAGUUUUCUAAUUGGCAGCGCCCUAAGUUAAUAUAAAACUUUACCAAUCUAAGAAAAAGUUUAGGGGGUCCCGAAAAUCUAGUUUAGGACUCCUAUAGGGGUUAAUUAAAAGGGGCCUCUAUAGGGGUUAGGAUCAAAUUUUCACUGUACUUCGGUUACUCAUUAUCGUCCCUUACUCUUUCAGAAAAAAACUCCCUUUGAAUAAUUUCAAAAAAAUUAGCCCUCCCCCUAGGUGCCCCGAAUAGUUUAGUGGGUUCAAGGGAAGCUCCGGAGCCUCCUAUUUUAUCCCCCUCAAAUUUAUUUUCUCUCUGCGGAGACCCCUAUUUUAUCCCCUAUCGGGGCUCCGAAUCGGCCAAAUCUCUAUCGGGGCCCCCUAAACUUUUCUUAGAUUGGCAGCGCCUUAAAUUAAAAUAUAUCUUUGGAAAUUGGCAGGGCCCAAAAUAAAUUUUCAACAUUUGCGCCAAUGAUAAAAUUGGAAAUGGCAGUGCCCAAAUUUAACACAGGCCAGUUUUUAGGCUCUAAAAAAAGUCUCUGAGAGUUCAUGUGAUUCUUUUUUCACAAAUCUUUAAAGCAGAUUUGCUAGAAAUCCAUCAAAAUUUUUUUCGAAAUCAAGCAUUUUUGAAGGCGUACGAGGAAAAGCGGUUGCCGGAGCUGAAAACCGAACACCCGACCUAUCGACUCUCACAGCUCAAACAACUAUUGAAGAAGGAAUGGCAGAAGCACCCCGAAAAUCCUUUAAAUCAACGUCUGGCCGCUAUGUCAAAAUGA